AUGACUUCCAGAAAUUUAAUUAAGGCCUGCAAAUCGUUAGACGUGAAUUACGAGGAUUAUUGCGAUUCCGAAGUUGCGUUAAACAAAAUUACAAAAGAGGAAAUCUUGUCCUGGAAGAAGUGAGUACAAUGUUAAUAUGAAAUGAAUGAUACGCACGGUUAAUGUGACGUUAUAUUAUCUGAUCGAAAUCCUUAUUAAUUACGAUCGAAUCCAAACAAAUACAAAAUAUACGAUACAAAGUAAUUUCAAAAUUCGUAUGUUCUACAUUUAAAAAGUACUGUUAUACUUAUUUUAUUCCGAAGAAUCUCAUUUGAGUACCUAUAAUUUAAUAUUAGUUAAAUCUUAACGUGCAAUUACUCGUAUUUUAAUAUAAUACGAAUGUUCAGAAAUAUAUCAUUUAUUUUUAAUUGUACUAUCAAAUUAUUACUGAUAAUAGUCUGAUAAUAAGUGCAUGAUAUAAGAUCUAAUCGUGUAUAUUAAUAAGUGAUAACUAAGUAAAUAAUUAGCAAUGUACCUAUCAACUGACCAUUCGUACUUAUUAAUUUUUGUAGAAACCUCAAACGUAAUCCGCCGUCACCUCCAGUUCCAGACGUUCUCACGAUUCAUCACAAAACAUGUGAAAAAAUUAUAAAUAUUUUGUACAAAUCUUUAUUUAUGAUUUUUAUUAUUUUUAUUAUUUUCAUUGUAUAUUUUUUAAUUAUAUUAAAUAAAUUUAAUUAAUACAUUUUUAUAGUGAAAAUUUACCUAUUAUGCUUAUGUUUAAUGGUUUCGUACACAAACCUUGAAAAUAGCAUUUUUGGAAUGAAUCCAAAAUGUCAAAAGUAUUUCUUUUUCUUUUAUUUAUAAGUAGUUUUUGAUUAUUUUGAUUAAAAUCAGAUUGUCAGAAACACCCGAAUAUGUUCAAGCGAUGUGAACAUUAUCUAUUAUAUGAUUAUUAUAUGAGUGUAUGUAUGUGUCGCAUCUACAUAGUGAAAUCCUUGAGUGUUGAACUAUUAUUUAUUAUUUUAAAUUUCAAGUAUAUACGAUAUGUAUAGUUAAUUAAAAUUAUAAUAUACCUAAUGUAUUGUUAAAUAACUUAUAAUUUAAAUAAUAGGCGAGGUUCUGAUCCCUUCACUGUGAAUACGCCACUAUGCUAUUAAAUGCUAUUAAAAUACUACAUCAGUCAACUUUUUAAUGGCCUGGACACACUAAUUUGAUUCUUGUACAUACGCUACAGGUAGAAAUACAAAAAUAGUGUAUGAAUGUUAUAAUUUGAAAAUAGAUUAAUAGAUUUUCCUUAUUUAUUUAUGUGUUUCACUAAGUCCUUCACUUUUAGAUUUCAACUUCAAAUUACAUAUGUACUUCAAAGGGUGUAGAAAAUAGAUGUUUGAAGACCUGUCUUAGAUUCAAAUAUUUUGUAUGAAAUUAUAUAUUUUAACAGACAUUACCUUUGUAGUGUCUCCAAUAUAGGAAUCUGUGCAUUUAGUUACAGUAAAAUUAACACCAAGAUAAUUGCUGGAAGAUAAAAUUUGUCACCAUUCCACUAAAAGAGUAUUAGUAGAAUAAAAUUGUACAACGCAAUUUUUUUGCAAUGUAAGUGUUUAGUGUAGUAUUGAAUAUAAUUUAACUUUAAAAGGCUGUCCUAAAAUUAUGGGAAUGGGUGCAGCCACUAUUAUUGGUAAUGUAUAUUUGUAAACAAUGAUUAACCAUUGAUAAUGAAAAACCAAUUCUGAGUGGAAUUUAGUUGAUAGUGUCGCUUUGUUAACAACGCAUAGGUAAUUAUUUUGGUAAAUAAUUACAAAUGCAUUACAUGUUUUCUUAAAUAAUAUUAAUUUAGUAUUGAACCUAUUUUUGGGAAAAUAAAAAAAUUACCUACCUUAGUACCUCUUCAGUUCCUUUUAGAAAAUGUGCUAUCAUUGUAAAUUAAAAUAAAAUUCUAGUAGAAAAAUUGUUCCCCGAUAAAAAAAAACAUCAUUGUGAAACCAUAAGUUUCCUUGUUCUACUCAGGAUCUAAAAUUAUAUAUUUAUAGAAUUUGGCCCUGUACUAUAAUAAAUUAAUAUUUAUAAUGUAUUUUGGAUUCGGAGUGUAGCAAUUGUCUAUUAAUUUUAUAAUAAUAUGUGUCAUUUUUUGUGUCUGUGAACAAUUUUUCUACCAGAAAUCUUAUUCCAAUAUUUCAAGAGUAGCAUCUUUUCUGAAAGGAAAUUUUAUUUACUUGGUGCGUUGAGGAAGCUGUUUUUUUAAAAUUUCAAGAGAUUUUCAUAAUAAUUGGGAAAACCUCAAAAAAAAUUAUUGGCAAAUAUUUAUGGCACACAUCACUGAUUUCAUUGUUUUUAAUUUUUAUGAACUGUUUUAUACCGCAAAUAUUGUUUUUAACAAAAAAUAUCAAGUGAUGUGUUGUUUUUGCAUUUUGAAUCUUGUUGCUCACAAAGUAAGUCGUUUUUGAUUUUCUGUGUAGUUUUUUUAGUUAUUGAGCAAAAUGAAAAAACAGGAAGAAGGGGAAAAUGUACAGCGAUAAUGAUUUUAUUAUUUUCAAUUUUGUUUUUUUUUUUUUGUAAUUCAAUUUUAAAUAUUCGUAGACACUUAGGUAGGUGGUACUUGAUAGUCAGAAAAAAAAAAAUUUAAGUGUAAUUGUAGUCUAUUUUUUUUAUAAAAAUUGUAUUAUCAAAUUUUGAUGAAAUCAUAAAUAUGUCGGCCUUUCAAUACAUGUGUACUUAAUAUAUACAUAAUUAUAUAAUAAGCAUACCUAUCUAAAUGGAUGUAUUUAUGUAGUGUGGCUUGAAUGAUAGGAGUGAAGAAUACUCCAGUGGCGGAAGGGGCGUAUUUACUGGGAGGGGGGAUACGGGGGAUAGAUCUCUCCAUAAGCCAUGAGCCGUAUUUAGAAAACAUAUUGUUCUCUAAUACAAAUUGGAAGUUCAAAUGCAAAUCUUCAAAACUAUUAUGAAAUUAAAAAAAUUUUAAAUGUUUAAUUGUAUUGGUAGGUACUAAAAUAUUUAUAGAUUAUUAUUAUACUAGGUAAGCAAUAUUCUUAAUAGUUUGUUAAAUAAAUGGUAAAUUUCACUUAGAGCUCUACAUACCUACUACGUGUUCAAACGUGAUUAUUUCCGUAACGCACAUGGAAUUUACCGAAAUAUUUUCAAGUUAUUCAAGGUUCCAUUUUUAUUUUCAUAAUCUAAACUCGCAACGUAGGUAAUAAAGUAAACAACACGCCUUUUUCAUUUGAAAGAAGUGCUUUAAAAUCGUCUGCUAAUGCUUUAAUGAUAAUGUCUGAUUUAUUUAAUGAAUACGAAGUUGUAUUUUCAUUUAUAAACUUGUUAGGAAGUAUGUAUGAAAGAUUGGAGCAUUAAAGUGCUUAUAAAACAUUAUUGACAUUAUCUAAUAAUGGAAUAAUGUAGGCCAAUUUAUAAUAUUCUUCUGCAUUAUUGGUUAGAUAAUUUGUACGAUUCGUUUGUCUUGAACGAUUUCUUGGAAUUUUCAAAUCAAUUUUUUGAAUUUUAGCCACACUCUCCGAAUGUGUUCGUAAAAAAUCUGUAGAUUUAUCAUUAAUGGUCUUGGAGAAUCAAUGGUAUAUGGUUUAUCUUGAUUUGAUAUUUGUGUUUAACAUUAUAUUUGAACAAUGAAUAACUGCAGUGUACCUUCUGUGAUUGAUAUCACCAUCGCUAGAAAUGGUUAUUGCAAACAACAUAUUUUUAAAAUAAUCUACAGUUGUGAGAGAAUUGAUUAAAUUUGUGUGGUUUUCUGCCCGUUCGUUCAGGCUAAAAUUUGAAAAAAAUAAUUAAUAUUCUGUGUACUUGUAAUUUACUACGAUUUAUUACGAUUUAAAAUUUGCGGGAUGAAGAUAUUGUAAUCAAAGAGCAUUAUUAUUUUCUUUUUUUAAAACGUUAUUUUAUGGAUCGUGCAAUUGAAUUAAGAUAUGGUAUAAAAACUGACAUUCGGAAAUAAUCUUGACAACUUUCACUUUCAUAAUUUGCUCUUAGUGACUGUUUUUUACCGUUUUUGGAUAUAAAAUACAAAUAUCUAUAGCAGUGGCGACUAAUUCAUUUUCGUUAAAUAACAUUUAUACAAUUUCAUUAGCGUCCUUUCGAUGAUUAUCGAAAAUUUUUAGUAAUGAAUGAAUAUGUUUGCCGAUUUGGCUUAUGGAUAACCUUAAAUAAUGGUAUUAAUCAAUAUGUUCCAACUGAAUCCUAUACUGUUCCCACGAUGUAAAGAAUACUGUUCCUAAACUCUAUCAAUCUGUUGAGUAAUCCGAUUGUCUCAUCUAUAGAUAUUGAAUUUUAAUUUCUAUGGUCUCGUCGUAAAAUUAUAAUAUUAUGGAAAAAAAUUAACCUAACCAUAGAUGAUAAAUUAUUAUCUAUGUUAUAAACACAGAUAAUAUUCUUAACUUUAAGUUUGAUAACAGAUUAAUCCGUUAUAUUAAAUACAAACAAUAUAUUAAACUUAAUAACACAAAAUUGUUAAUUUUUGUGGUGAUUAUCUAUUUAUAUAAUAUAUAUGUAUAUAUAUCUGUGGUUGAACCGAAUAUAAACUUAGUUAGCCGUCUCUUUAAUUUCGAAUUAACUAAGUCGGGCUAUUUUAAAUGUAUUAUACUUUGACUAUAAAAAUAAAUUUAGAUGGUCAUGCUGACAAAAUACAAUUACAUAGCGAGUAGUUGAAAAAAAAAAAAAAGUGAGUCUUAAAAUUAGUCCCAUUUACCAUAAUAUUAUUGUUUAGUAUUCCAUUUGUAAUUGUUAGCACUGCACACGAGGUAACAUAGGUCUCACCUAUUAUACGAUCCAAGCUCUAUUAUUAUUACUCUGUGCCUCUAUGUGAUCGAUUCUAAGUUAUUACUAAAUCACUUUGUUUUUCUUGUAUUUUUACAUGGUAUUAACUGCAAUUUGUUAUGGAACGCAUUAUAAAGAAUACAUUUAUUGUGCAAGUGUAAUUGAUUAUUUAUUUAUUCAUUAUGUAUACUUGAGUUCCAAUUCAGCUUGGCGCUGAGAUAUUACAGUGGCGGCGAAGAUUUAAACGGAAAUACAAAUGUUAAAAGUGGGUACCUUGUGUAGUCGUGUCAGAAAAGAAGACUGCGGCAGCUCAAUCUUCAAUUGGUAUUGGGACUGAACCUGAAUACUUGUUCAGGGAAGAUUAGGAUUUGUAUGUGGACCAGUUUGAACAAUUUGUCAUCGUGAAUUAUGUGGAAGAAGAGCGGAAAGUUCUGGUAUUGAUUUCGGUUAUCGGUGAAACAAUGUAUGCGGUCCUACCGAACACAAUGAAAUUUGGUAAUCUGUCUAUUAUUAAAAGGUCAGUUUUCACUUGAAGUGUCAUUAUUUACGGAACGGGCAAAUUUUUUAUGAGUUGAAGCUGAAUGUCCAUGAAUCUGGGAACGAAUGGCAUGUUCGAAUUAAAACAUUGGUUAUGAGUUGCAUGUUUGGUCAGUUCCUGACAGAGAAGUUGAAAGACAAGUUUGUAACCGGAUUAACCAAGGACCAUAUACUGGAUUGAUUGUUCGAGAAGGAGUCUGAUAAGUCACUCACAGAUUUGGUGGGGAUCACUCUCAAGAAAGAAGCCUUGGUGAAACAGAGCGGCAUGACAUUGGUUCCUCUGAACAUUCUGAAGACAAUCAACCAAGUGAGCAGCAAAAAUAAAGGAUUCAGUAAAAUGGCAAAUAGGAAUGUAGAUGGUGCUGCAAACAAGAUUCAUAAGCCUCUGUCAUAUAUGAUGCAGCAUAAAGGAAGCUGGUCAGGUCAAAUAAGUCUACCAAGUUCUAUUCACUGUGGUAAAGGUAACCUUAAUUUUAGUUCAUGUAAAUACCGUGAGCAUAAAUGUAAGUUGUGUAACACGGUAAGCUAUAGUAUGUAAGCAAAACUUUAAUGUUUAAAAUAUAAAAAGAGUUUGAAGAACAAUGUUUUAAUGAAUUUGAGUUGUUUAAUGUUAAAAGUGGUUCAUAUAUAUAUCCCCGUAUUAAUUAAAGUCAAAAUUAUUGAUAAAUUAGUCAAAAUGGAAGUAGAUUGAUAAACUAGAAAGUAGUGGUAUAAUCAGAAAAAGUGAAUCAUGUCAAUGGGAAAUGUCUUUGGUCCCAGUGCUUAAGUCAUGUGGUAGAAUCAGUUAUGUGUGGAUUAUAAGUCCUUUAUUUAUAAAUACAUAAAAGAUGGGGUGGCAUUCAUUUUCAAAAUUAUAUUUUAGCACCGCAUAUAAUCAAUUGAAGGUAGGUAGUGAAACAAGCAAACUGUUAGCAUUGAGGGUACAUAUGAGGUACUUAGGUUGUACAGUAUUAGCCAACAAUAUCGAUCAUCCAACAUGUAGUUGAGAAAGCUUUUAGAGGUUGCCCAAUUACAGCUUAUUUGCUUGAUGAUAUAAUAAUUACCGGUAGAAAUGAUGCAGAACAUUUUGAAAAUCCUAGGGAAGUUCUUAGAAUGUGA